UCACUUGCAAAAUACGAAUUGUUUUGCCUAUCAUAAAUUUAAAAUUUUAAUUUAAAAUAACAAAAUGGAUAUAACACCACUGUUUAGGGCUUGUAUUAAAACAGUAAGAACUCGUAACAAAGCCUUUGGCAUCCAAAGCCCAACAAGCGAUGACAAACAACGUAUACUGAAAAGUAAACCGAAAACGGGUUUUAUAGCAACAGCUAAAGUUAUAUCUUCGCAAAUAACAAAACUUCGAGACUUUCUGCUGGAGCACAGAGAGAGGUACUUAAGUUUCUAUAAUAAUGUAACUGGUGACGAAAUGUCCGAAGCUGAACGUGACCAGAUAGACACUGGAGCGCAAAGAAUAAUCAAUACUUGUUCAAAUCUACUAAAAGAAUUUAGAAAUGAUAAUCGUAAGCUUGCAGUUGCUCAACAGACUCGGGAAUAUAUGGAUGCUGUAAUUGACCUUAUAGAUUCAUACUUGAAAGCUGUUUGUAAAAUACACAGUGAAUUAAAAGCUCUGAGAGUGAAAAAAGCCUUAGAUAUUCGAAAACUAUCAAGAUUGGAACUGCCACAGACAAAGUCUAAUAUACUUAAUCCAUUCAUAGAAAAUAAAGUCAUAGAAAAAGAAGAAAAAGAAAAUAGUGAAACAGAAGAAGUGGACAAUGCAAAAACAAAAAUCGACUUAUCAGAAAAUGAAGUAGCAGUCAUGUCUGAUGAAGGGGAACUCAGCGCAGAGGAACUACAGAUGUUUGAAUCCGAGAACAUUCAACUAUUGAAUGAAUUGAACAGCAUGACUGAAGAAGUUAGACAGAUUGAAAGUAAAGUACUCCAUAUUGCAGAAUUACAAGAAAUAUUUACAGAAAAGGUUCUACAACAAGAACAAGAUAUUGACAGGAUAGCAAAUACUGUUGUUGGCACAACAGAAACAAUGAAAGAUGCGAAUGAACAAAUAAAGCAAGCCAUCCAAAGGAAUGCUGGUCUUAGGGUUUACAUUUUGUUCUUCUUACUUGUAAUGUCAUUUACACUUCUAUUCCUGGACUGGUACAAUGAAUAAUUAAAUUUAUUUUUUAAAUAUGCAAUGUGUACAUGGUAUUUAAAGUGCAUUGUAUAUCUAUUAUAGUCAAAAGUAUGAAUUAAAUCUAUUUCGCUAAUGUUGCGCAAUGUUAUGAUGAUUAUUUUAAAUAAA